AUGAUUUGUGAUAUCAUCGAUGACAUCCUUGACUUCCUGCCAACACAGACCUGGGGGGGCUCCCGCUCGUUCCCGCCGGACCCGGCGCAGCGCCCCGGGCUGCCACGGCGACGGGGAAGAGAUAAGGCCGCCACCCGCAGCCCCCACGCCUCCCCUGCCUCUCCCCACUCCCUACUCUCCCCCUUUUUGCCCUCUCUGUUCCCUCUAAGAUCCGCCUCACCGCACGCGGUUGACGCCGGCGAUUACGCUCCACCGGGCGGCCCUCACCUCGCCGACGAGUCCGGGAGCACGACCGUCGUCUGCCUCGUCUCCUUCACUUCUGGAUCGGGGCCGGGAAGCCUCAACGCCGACGCCCUCAACCUCUUCUUCCCGGCGCCGUCCGCCCCUGUCGUCGUCGAUCCCCCACCGUCGCUGCACCUCGGCCUCCCCAAGUCGGCUGCGAGCACCGCGAUGAAGGAGUCCAGGAGCCAGAUGACACCUUUGACGACUGCUACUACACCGAGGGCCUGCUGCCUGCAGAUUGGAUUGGAGUCAUGGAGAAUUAACAUACUGUAUAAGUUCGACAUAAUCGCAGAUAGGAACUAA